ACCAGGCUAGUCGGCCAGGUUCUGUCCCAAUAACUAUGUGGUUCUGAUUAGUUUAAAACUUUAUCAUGAUUAAACGUGCUGUGAUAAUGAUAUAUGCUUUCUUAUCGAUAGUUUUACUGCAAAUACACUUGUCAGAAUCCACAGCUGACCCCGAUGCUCUACCGGACCCCGACCCAGAUCCAGCGUUCCGGUUGAUCCAGUUAGGGAACGGACCAGUACUGUCUAGGAUACUAUCCGGAGUGUUAGCUCUGGUAUUGAACCUGGUGAUCGGGUUGGUACUACUGCUGCUCAGGACGCUCGGUUUGAUCAACAUUGAUGUCGACAAAUGCCUCAAAUGUUUUACAUGCGGCCUUAACAUUUGGGAUGGAUGCUGUUUUUAAGACAAGCUUGGUAUGUUUAUACGAGUAUUUAUGCUAAAUAUAUAUUUUAAGUACA